AUGUUUCGUUCGAUCAUCCUUACUCUUGGUCUCGUCGCUGUUCUUGUUGCCGGACACGAAGGACACGACGAUGGCCAUUCUGCGGUCGUAUACACUACUGUCAUGGUCAUGGACGGCAUGACGACCACUAUGGAGAUGACCGCCACCGCUAGUGAACACUCGUCAGCUACGGCCGCUGCGGGCUCGUCAACAUCGGCCUCAGGUCUAGCGCACCCAACCAGUGUACCCACUCAAAUUGGAGUCGCUGGUAUCUUUGUCGCAGCCCUUGCUGGGAUUGGGCUUUGA